AUGUGGUUGCUGUUCAGUCUCCUUGUAAUAAUAUCUUUUAAAACUUGUCUAUCAGAGUUUACAUGGCACAGAAGGUAUGGUCAUGGAGUUUCUGAGGAAGACAAAGGAUUUGGACCAAUUUUUGAAGAACAACCAAUCAAUACCAUUUAUCCAGAGGAGUCACCGGAAGGAAAAGUUUCGCUAAACUGCAGGGCACGAGCCAGCCCUUUCCCAGUUUACAAAUGGAGAAUGAAUAAUGGGGAUAUCGAUCUGACAAGUGAUCGGUACAGUAUGGUAGGAGGAAACCUUGUUAUCAACAAUCCAGACAAACAGAAAGAUGCUGGAAUAUAUUACUGUUUAGCGUCAAAUAACUAUGGGAUGGUCAGAAGCACUGAAGCAACCCUGAGUUUUGGAUAUCUUGAUCCUUUCCCACCGGAGGAACGUCCUGAGGUCAGAGUGAAAGAAGGGAAAGGAAUGGUGCUGCUCUGUGACCCUCCGUACCAUUUCCCAGAUGAUCUUAGCUACCGCUGGCUUCUAAAUGAAUUUCCUGUAUUUAUCACAAUGGAUAAACGAAGAUUUGUGUCUCAGACAAAUGGCAAUCUCUACAUUGCUAAUGUUGAGGCAUCCGACAAAGGCAACUAUUCUUGCUUUGUAUCCAGUCCCUCUAUUACAAAGAGUGUGUUCAGCAAAUUUAUCCCACUCAUUCCACUACCUGAACGAACAACAAAACCAUAUCCUGCUGAUAUUGUAGUUCAGUUCAAGGAUGUAUAUGCAUUGAUGGGCCAAAACGUGACUUUAGAGUGUUUUGCACUUGGCAAUCCUGUUCCUGAUAUCCGAUGGCGAAAAGUCCUAGAACCGAUGCCAAGCACAGCUGAGAUCAGCACCUCUGGAGCUGUCCUCAAGAUCUUCAAUAUUCAGCUAGAAGAUGAAGGCAUAUAUGAAUGCGAGGCUGAGAACAAUAGAGGAAAGGAUAAACACCAGGCAAGAAUCUAUGUUCAAGCAUUUCCUGAGUGGGUGGAACACAUCAAUGACACAGAGGUGGAUAUAGGCAGUGAUCUCUACUGGCCUUGUGUGGCCACAGGGAAGCCCAUUCCUACCAUCCGAUGGCUGAAGAAUGGAUAUUCGUAUCAUAGAGGGGAAUUGAGGCUGUAUGACGUGACCUUUGAAAAUGCUGGCAUGUACCAAUGCAUAGCUGAAAACACACAUGGAGCAAUUUAUGCCAAUGCCGAGUUGAAGAUCUUGGCUUUGGCUCCAACUUUUGAAAUGAAUCCUAUGAAGAAAAAAAUCCUGGCUGCUAAAGGAGGACGGGUCAUAAUUGAAUGCAAACCUAAAGCUGCACCCAAACCAAAAUUUUUAUGGAGUAAAGGCACAGAGCGGCUUGUCAAUAGCAGCAGGGUACUCAUUUGGGAAGAUGGCAGCUUGGAAAUCAAUAACAUUACAAGGAGUGAUGGAGGUGUCUAUACAUGCUUUGUAGAAAAUAAUAAAGGGAAGGCUAAUAGCACUGGGACUCUUGUUAUCACAGAUCCCACACGAAUUAUACUGGCCCCAAUUAACGCUGAUAUCACUGUUGGAGAAAAUGCUACCAUGCAGUGUGCCGCUUCCUCUGAUCCUGCCCUGGAUCUGACAUUUGUUUGGUCCUUCAAUGGUUAUGUGAUCGACUUUAACAAAGAGAACAUUCAUUAUCAGCGGAAUUUUAUGCUGGAUUCCAAUGGGGAGCUGCUCAUCCGAAAUGCCCAGCUGAAACACGCUGGGAGGUACACGUGCACUGCUCAGACAAUUGUAGACAAUUCUUCAGCCUCUGCUGACCUUGUUGUGCGAGGCCCUCCAGGCCCUCCAGGUGGUCUGCGAAUAGAAGACAUUAGAGCCACUUCUGUGGCACUUACUUGGAGCCGUGGUUCAGACAAUCAUAGUCCUAUAUCUAAGUACACUAUCCAGACGAAGACUAUUCUUUCGGAUGAUUGGAAAGAUGCAAAGACAGAUCCCCCAAUUAUUGAAGGAAACAUGGAGGCAGCAAGAGCAGUGGAUUUAAUCCCAUGGAUGGAAUACGAAUUUCGUGUGGUAGCAACCAAUACAUUGGGUAUAGGAGAGCCCAGUAUACCAUCAAACAAAAUUAAAACAGAUGGCGCUGCACCUAAUGUGGCUCCUUCAGAUGUAGGAGGUGGAGGUGGAAGCAACAGAGAACUGACCAUAACAUGGGCGCCUUUGUCAAGAGAAUACCACUAUGGCAACAAUUUUGGUUACAUAGUGGCAUUUAAGCCAUUUGAUGGGGAAGAAUGGAAAAAAGUGACAGUUACUAAUCCAGAUACUGGCCGCUAUGUCCAUAAAGAUGAGACCAUGCGCCCUUCCACUGCAUUUCAAGUCAAAGUCAAAGCUUUCAACAACAAAGGAGAUGGACCCUACAGUCUCACAGCUGUCAUCCAUUCCGCACAAGAUGCUCCCAGUGAAGCCCCAACAGCAGUAGGAGUAAAAGUCUUAUCAUCUUCUGAGAUAUCUGUUCAUUGGGAGCAUGUUGUAGAAAAAAUAGUAGAAAGCUAUCAGAUUCGGUACUGGGCUUCCCAUGACAAAGAGGCAGCUGCCCACAGAGUUCAAGUUGCUAGCCAAGAAUACUCGGCCAGGCUGGAGAACCUUCUGCCUGACACCCAGUAUUUUGUGGAAGUCAGGGCCUGCAACAGUGCAGGGUGUGGACCUCCCAGUGAUAUGAUUGAGACCUUCACCAAGAAAGCACCUCCAAGCCAGCCUCCGAGGAUCAUCAGUUCCAUAAGGUCUGGUUCGCGCUACAUAAUCACCUGGGAUCAUGUGGUUGCCCUGUCAAAUGAAUCUACAGUGACGGGAUAUAAGGUACUCUAUAGACCUGAUGGCCAGCAUGAUGGCAAGCUGUAUUCAACUCAUAAACACUCCAUAGAAGUCCCAAUCCCCAGGGAUGGAGAAUACGUUGUAGAGGUUCGUGCACACAGUGAUGGAGGAGAUGGAGUGGUAUCUCAAGUCAAAAUUUCAGGUGCAUCCAUCCUAUCACCAUGUCUUCUCGGCUUCCUGCUACCUGCCCUUGGCAUCCUUGUCUACUUGGAAUUCUGA